GAGUUUCGUAGCUAAUCCGGAAAUGUCCCUCAUGGCAGAGGCAUGGGCUUUAUCGAUGACCACCGUUGUGUGUCCGUUUUGUUGUUGUGAGCCCAUGUCCCCUCUCCAUUUAGGACCCACUCUCGUUGCCCGACUUUAUCGUGUUAUUCUCUGUAUCGUAAGAUCAGAGUACUUCUGGAAAACCUGUUCAAUUGCGCUGCGUAUAAAUCGAGUCUCUUUCGUCCGAAACCGAAAAUCUUAUAGGAAGGCCAUCGUGAACGUUUGUACUCGAGUAAGUAAGCACUCCUCCCAAGUCGGGACUAAGGUGAACCUUGUAUUCGCGAUUUGCUCCCGGCGAUGCUUGAAUAGGUCUCCCAACACCACCAACAGUGUAUACGCCGGUUUUUUUGUCCAAGAUCGUGGGUCCGCGUAGUCCAAGGAAAAUUGUUUAGGCUGAUCGGCAGAUAAAGUGUAUCGUCAGGAUUGCCGUCCCGAACUAAUGGAAGAGAAGGUUGUUUUCUGUAGCCCACGCCAAUCUCAUCCACAGUAUGACCCACUUUGGCCUUCGUCUAAAGAGUGGCUAUAAUGUAUCAUUAUAUAGUUCAUCACACAAAUGCCAGC